ACCUGUCCAACCUGUUUGAGGGAUAUUAGACUCCCGAGGAAUUCCAUUCCUCCCCCCCGCUGCUCCCGUCCUUUGUUUACCGGCGUCUCUCGAAGGGUGAGAGGCAGAGGAGAGAGGGGGAGACACAGACGAGAGAGGGGGAUAUAGAGAUGUCGGAACCAGCCACUAAUCCCGCUGCCACCUCGUUCCCAGCACCAAAUAUUUCUCUACCUUUGGGACUGGACGUGCUGAGAACUUAUUCUGGAUUCCUUGUAUGCUUAGAAAUAAUAUUUGGUGGUCUGGUAUGGAUCCUGGUGGCCUCCUCCAACGUGCCCGUGCCCUUGCUGCAGGGCUGGGUGAUGUUUGUCUCCGUCACCUCCUUCUUCCUCUCCUCCGCUUACCUCACACUCCUUGUCACUGGCUUGGCGGAUCGCAUCAACACUGACUGGAACUUUUUGGACGUGUUUUACCAUUUUUUGGCUCUGCUUUUCUACUUUGCUGCCUUUGUGUUGGAGGCAGCAACUACAGCAGCUAAUCGAGGAGCUCACAUCAUCCAAGUGAACGGCACUGGAAAAGUCAUGUGUACAGCCAGCACACAGGGCACGAUAUUCACAGUCCUGAGUGAACACCAAUACAGUAUGAAUGUAGCAGCCACGAUAUUUGCGUUCGCGGUGACACUAUUCUAUGGCUGCAGUUUGGCGAUGGGUUUCAAGAGAUGGAGGAUGUAACCAAGAAAACCAGCACACACUAGCUCCUGUAACUGCAGUAUAACAUGUAUAAAACCAUCAGCCUCACCAUCCAGAGCUCCGUAAAGACCACUGCUCUUUAGUUCAGUGGGAAAUGAUAGAUGACAACAUUUCAGGUCCAAUCAUGGCCUUUGAAGAUGUUUUGAUAACAGGGUAUAUAACUAAACUUUAACUAUAGGUGUAUCUAACUCCAGAUACGCUAUCCUUUACCCCAAAGAAAAGUCUUUGUGGAAGGAGAAAAGUUAUAAUAAGGCCAUACAGGGUACUUUUGAAAGAUGUAUGCAACAGUUACAGUUUUGUUAAGGCAGGUUUGCUGAUCAUAAAAAACUUGCCCAAUUUCUUGAGUAACAUCCUCAUUGGAGGGAAUAUUUCCCAUUUCCAAAACCACAAAAACAUCCCUACUGGCAUGCUACUAAUGAGAAACAUGUUGAUGGUGCAAUGUUUUUACUGUCCUCUGGUUACCUUUGUGCCAAAGAGCUGUAAACUCACUCUGCAUUUAACAUGUCUGCUGUAACUUUUUUAAUGUGGUCAUUCUAUAAAAUGUGGAUCUAGUGCUUGAAUGUUUAGAGUUUGCGAUUUUUGCUGUUGAGCACUUUUUUGUCCGAUUUUCUCUGUGUAUCACAACAUUUUAACAUUUUAGCUCUUAGUCCUCAUCCGGUUCUAAUAACUGAGACUGUUUGAAGGUGCACUAUGUAGUUUUGGAAGAGAAAUGUGAAAGUUGGAGAAAUGUACAGAUUCUGUGUUGUGUUCAUAAUUCGAUACACAAACUGUCCUCAGAGGAAAAUUUGGUCCCUGGAACACUGUUUGAAGAUAAGAUGCUAUGCGAGAAGUUGUGGUGGGGGGUCUGAAACAGUGAAACCGUAAUUCUCUUGGUAGCUUCUUAGCUCCAAACAGUGACCCAGGGACCCAUUUUACCUUUGAAUAAAGUUUGUGUAUUUAGUUCAGAAAAUAUAGUAUGGAAUUGUUUCACUUCUCCAACUUUCAAAUUUCACUACCAAAUCUACAUAGUGCACCUUUAAACGUUCUGAGUAGUCCAUAUGGUUAACUAAUGUGACUAUUUGAUAAAUAUAAAAUUUUAUGAUUUACCCAAUAUCUUGCUUGAACACAUCGGUCGCUCUGAGUUCUAAAUGCUAAACUUUAAAAACAGAUUCAAUGAAAAAGAAUGUUGUAUUUUGUUACUUUAUUUCUCAUGUGAGACAUGAUUAAUUAUUCAUAUUUACUGUAUUUAACUUUUUAUGCACUAUGCCAAUGAAGUGAUAUUAAUUAAAAAUAGUUUGAAUGUAUGAUUUAGAAACCUGCUGCUUUGAUGUAAUUAAUGUAGCCUAUAUUAGAACUACAGAAAUAAAAGUUUUGAAGAAUAA